AUGCCUGACAACUUGAUUCAAAAAGAAAAGACCUUUCAGUUUUUAUUUGGCAACUUCUCGCGAGAAGAGUUGGAGACGAUCUCGUCAGGUGUAUCGGAUCUGAACGAUAUCUCGGUAAAUUUCAGAUUGACCAAGAAGGGAGCCAAGUUGCCAGUCGAUGAUGGUACACAACACGUGUUAGAAAACGUAUUGGAGGAAGAAACCAGCGCUCCUCAGACCUCAUCAAACCAAAUCCAUGAAUACACCUCUGAUCAAGUGAUGACAAAUGGGAUCGAGUCGAAAGUACAUCACGGAGUCAAUGGACAAGCUAAGUCUCCAACCGUUGAGGACGAGACUGAGCAAAAUACGGAGGAACUUCCCCCCCAGAAAGCUGAGGCUAAUCUAAACAAACCGCAACGGAGCUGGGCAGGAUUGUUUGCGAAGCCGGAUGGGGUGACAUCGCAAGCCAUCACGGGAGUAACACAGCCACAAAAACAUACAUUACAGAAUAAGCAACUGAAACAUACUCCUGCGCCUCCUAUUAAGCCCAAAGCCAAUGGCUUAAAAGAUGUGGUUACGGGUUUCGAGGCCUCAAUGCGUGCUGAUUUGAUAACGCCGCGGGGUCUUGUGAACAACGGAAAUAUGUGUUUUAUGAAUGCGAUAUUGCAGCCGCUGGCCCAUUGUCCGCCCCUUUAUAACUUGCUGACGAAAAUUAGCAAAGAGGUUGCACAUAGUUUUAAGAGUAAAACGCCUUUGGUCGAUUCGAUGGUUAUGUUUUUAAAAGAGUACGAACAGUCUAAUGUUAAUGGAAACGCUGAACAAGAGUACGGAAACCCGUUCGUCCCUGAGUAUGUUUACGAUGCAGUGAGGUCUUUGAACCGUUUUGAUUCUAUGAAAGGUCGGCAAGAAGAUGCAGAGGAAUUCCUUGGUUUUCUGUUAGAUGGAAUGCAUGAAGAACUUGUGGCUGCUCUUAGUAAUAAUGAAAGCGAUGUAAAAGAGAAUGCUGUAGAUGGAAAUGCAUGGCUCGAGGUCGGUCCGAAGAAUAGAACUAAUAUCACUCGCGCGACUGAUGCAAAGGAGUCACCUGUAAGUCGGAUAUUUGGCGGCAAGAUGCGAUCUGUGUUGAAAUGUCCAGGUUCGAAAGAUUCGGUGACAUUGCAACCAUUUCAAUCAUUGCAAUUGGAUAUUCAGCCGGAUGCUGUUAAAACUGUUGAGGAUGCUCUGAGGAAUCUAACAGAACCAGAAUAUAUCGACGAUUAUGUUUCCCCGCAGAAAGGGCUUGUCCGCGCGUCCAAAUGUUGGUUCAUAGAGAUAUUGCCACCAGUUCUAAUUCUUCAUCUGAAGCGUUUCGUGUAUGAUAAGACGGGUGGGACUCAAAAACUUCAGAAAGUCGUCCAGUACUCGGAUAAAUUAAUAAUACAUCCAGAACUUAUUUCUGCGUCUCAGCGGACCCCUAAACUUAUCGAGUAUAAACUUUUCGGAGUCGUAUAUCAUCACGGGAGCAGUGCAACAGGAGGUCAUUAUACAUGUGAUGUGCUUCGACAGAACGACCAAUGGUUGCGUAUCGAUGACACAGUAAUAAAACCUGCUACAACAGAAGACGUGGUGGUCACGGAAAGCCCCAGCAAGCCGCCAGAUCGUAUGGCAUAUUUACUAUUUUAUAUGAGAACAUAA